CGUGAUAUGCAACAAUAUAUAAACACGGACACGUUCCCUCUCAUAACACUGAUGACAUGGACCCCACCACUUACUAUUACCUUGGAUGAUGUUCCUAAUUCAUUUAUUGGUCAGUGUGUAAAGAAGAAUAGAAAAGCUACGGAAGAUGAGAUCAUUAAUGCAUAUUUAGAGCAACAAGAUCUCGGGUUUUCCGCAGAAGAGACAGUCGCAGUUCAGAAUGCUUUCAAUCGCGACCUCAACGUCUGGAAAGUCGUCCCUUUGUUCCCUGCAACACCCAGAUUGACUAUCACAAAAGAUUUAGAGGACGUUGAUGAAGGACAAUUGCUAGGACAAUCACUGGCCAAGUAUGUUGCCUAUCUGUAUGCUUGUAUUGAACAUUUAACCAAGUGUGAUGUGUUGCCAGAUGCAUUUUUAAAGCAGCAAGAUCGCCAGUUCUGGCUCGGGAUUAAGAAUCAGAUGGCAGAACUACAGGAGUGGAUUCAUAUUGCAUCAAAGGAUAUGGCAGGAUGUGAAACAGAAUUUGUAUCAAAUUGA